GACAAACUAAAAUUAAUCUGACGAUAAUUCAAGUGUGCUUUCAAUUAACAAAAUUUACUCUAUUUCACAAAUACAAUAAGAUAUGAAGAUUGAUGAUACUAUUAAAAUUUAAUAUAUUGAUUUAGAAACUAAAUAAGACCAACCAAUUUCUAAGAACACUUUAACCCAUCAAAAGAAAUAGCAAAGCAGCUUUUUAUAAGUAGAAGAAACUGAAAUGGAUUACAAUGAAGAACAAUUCGAAAUUUUUAUGGCUUAAAAGAAAUAGUAAGAGUAAUUAGAAAAAGAGAAAAAAAGAAAGAAAUUAAAAGCAAGAGAAGAAAAAUUAAGAAAAUUAGAUGAAGAAUAACAGUAAUAAAAAUUAUUAUAAUAAAAAUAAUAAUAAGAAAUCUUAAAAUAAUAAUAAUAAUUGAUUGAAUUAUAAAAUUAAUAAUUGAUGAAUAAACAGAAAUAUAAGAUGGCUACUAAAUAAAAUAAUUAAUAAGGUUUAGAGAAUAAAUCAAAUAAAGGGGAUAAUCUUGAUCAUUUACAAAAACAGUAAUCAGAAAUUCAAAUAUUAAAUUAAUAAAUUGACACAGAAUUUUCAUUUUAAUAAAUUCUUUCAAAAGUAGAAAAAGAGGAGAGAAAAGGGUAGAAAUAAUUAAGAAAUAAUUCCAAACACAUUAAGAAUGCAGAUCUAAAUUUCUUUUAAUUGACUGAAAGUAUUCAUUUUUAAAUAAUUAGAAUAACAAUAAAAUAAAAUUUCUUUACAAUCUUAAGAUUUAUUUGAAGCAAUUAAAUAAGAGAUUAAAGAUUGUGAUUAAAAUAAUUACACAUCUCAUUUGUGUUAAUUAUGUUAAAGUGAUGUUGUAUAUGAAAUCAACGAUGAUAAUUGGUACAUUAUAGGAAUUGCAUAUGGGUUAAAGUAUUAAUAUUAAAUUAUUAUUAAAGGAGGCAAUUCUAAAAUCUUUUGAAUACUGUUUAAUAUCAUUUCAAGAAUUCUAAGAUAUACACCUCUUUUAAUAAAGAAUAAUAAGUUUGUCUCACUUUAGGAGAUUAUUUUGAAAUUGAAAACUUAGAAGAAAUACUUAAUUAUUAUAAUAAUCAUACUAUUCCUAAAAAUUCGUAAUUUUUAAGGAUUCCUUAAAAAGUAAUUCAAUUUUUUAAAUUAUUUCAAGAUUAGAGCAAAUUUUGCUUAAAUGAAAGUUGAUUUGAACCAACAUCAAUUUAUGAAUUUUAGUUUAAAUGCUGAAAUAAAAAAUUAAGAACGCUACAACGGAUUCACUGUGUCAGAACAAUAAAUUAAAAUUUCAACAAAUUUUGAUUACACUCAAUCUGGUAGCAUUUUAUAUCCUGAUUAAUCACUUCCUUAUAAAUUGAAUGUCUAAUCCAAUGGUAUUGAAAACAUGCAACUGGAUUUAAAUCCAUAAAUAUAUGAAAAGGUUUUAAAGAACUAUUUGGCAAAAUAUUACUUGCAAUAGAUUUAAGUUACAUAUAGAGACAACUUAAAUACCAAUUUUGUUGUUAUUGAUAAUGACGAAGCCUUAGAAAUUGAGAUUACAAUAUAAAAAUGAACUAAAGUAGUCUG